AGGCUGUUGUGUUUUGCCCCUAUUGAGGCCAAAAUCUGUAUACGCCACUGACCAACUUCGAGAAUAUUCCAAACCUUCAUGAACAAUGGUCCCGGACCCCGUUUAGUUUCAUAAUCCUACUUACUACCUUAAACUAUAAGCCAGUUUGUCAGACGUGGCUGAAAGUUGUCGCUAAAUUGCAAGAACUUUGACAGAACAAUCUUCAAUUAUGAGGUCCGCAUCAAUAUACAUCGUCAUGGUAUUCCUAGCUACGAGCUCCAUGAUGAUGUCGACAGUGAUGUCGCACUGUAACUGCCCUCACAGCUGCCUGAUUGCAUACUUUCCAUUUGAGGGAGAUGCGGCUGAUAGCUCCGGUAACAAUCGCGACGGGACCUCGACCGGCGCGGUUACUUACGCCAAUGGAAAAUGCGGUCAGGCCGCGUCGUUCGACGGAGCGUCGAAAAUUGAUGUCCAGUCCCUUGCUAACUUCGCAUGGGGAGACGAAUUCAGCGUCAGCGUGUGGUUCAAGCGCACCGGUCAGUGGGGGAACUAUCAGGGCAUCGUCAACAAUGGUUAUGGCACGAAUGGGGGCUGGGAGAUCAGGAUGGGUCGGGAGAACAGCGGUCAGAUGCUGGGCGGUAGCGUAUUCGAGACUGCUACCGGACCGUGGGACUAUCAAAACCUGGUUGGUGCCCAGAAUACCUGGAAUCACGUGGUCAUGACUUAUGACGAUUCCACUCUGCGGUAUUACCUCAACGGAGAGCAGCAGACAGCGACCAAUCCCGCGUGUUGCAACGGUCCCAUCCCAACCCGAAACAACCCCGUCACCAUCGGUCAAGCCGGCUUUGGGACGACCGUCGAGUACUUCCACGGCUUGAUUGAUGAGGUCAAGAUCUACGGGCGAGUCCUGUCCGCAGCUGAGAUCCAGAAUAUGGCAAUUCAUGCAUGCCUUUAA